GGGGCGGCGGCGGCGGCGGCCAUUUUGAUUACAGAGUGAAAGUGACAGGAGCCGGGGAGAGGGUGGGAAGCAGAACGCCGGCCCUUCUCUCAGCCACGUCCCUCUUCCCUUCCCUGUCCCACCAUGUCGGAGAAGCUCAGCGCCGACAGCCGGUGCGAACAGACGGGCGACGAGAAACAGGAUACGCAGGAGAAGGAAGCAGUCGUCCCUGAGAGAGCAGAAGAAGCAAAACUAAAGGCCAAAUAUCCUAAUUUAGGACAGAAGCCAGGAGGGUCAGACUUCCUAAUGAAAAGACUGCAGAAAGGGCAAAAGUAUUUUGACUCGGGUGACUACAAUAUGGCCAAGGCAAAGAUGAAGAAUAAGCAGUUGCCAACCACCGGGCCUGACAAUAACCUGGUGACAGGAGACCAUAUCCCGACACCACAAGAUCUUCCACCGAGAAAGUCAUCACUUGUAACCAGCAAGCUGGCAGGAUGGAGAACCGAGGCACAGAGAGACAAAGUGAUUUGCACACGGUCACAAAGUGGCCGAGCAAGGAACUGAACCUGUAUCUCCCAAGUUUCAGACUGGAAAUAAGGUAUAAAUUUUUAACAGAGUAAUUAACCAUUGGAACAAUUUACUAAAGGUUAUGGUGGAUUCUCCAUCACUGACCAUUCUUAAAUAGAGAUUAGAUGUUUUUCUAAAGGCUCUGCUCUGGAAAGUAUUAUGGGCUAUGUUUUGUACAGGAGGUCAGACUAGAUGAGUCGUCCCUUCUGGCCUUAGAUUCGUUCAUAGAUUCCAUGAGUCUAAGUCCCAGGCUAGCGCCUUUAACUAACUGCUGAUAUUACAGAAUAGUUAGCUCUGCACUGCAGCCUGUUAUUGAUUUAAAAAAUAUAUAUAUAUUUUUAAGUCUGUUGGAAAGGAUUAGGAAGAGUGUAAAGCAAACAUGGCUUACUAUAUUGUAGUUCAGAAAAAUGGGACAAUAAUUAUGACCUUUCUGAGCCCAUGAGGAUGCGUGGGGAAGAGGAAAUUCUCUUUGAAGGUAGCAGAUCACCAGCCUGUUUUUUAAACACACACAAAAACCUGAGAACCUGGGAGGAUGGAGUGGAAAGAAGCAUAAAAGCAAACUUGCAUUCAUGGCAUAACACACUAGUAGCUUGGUCUUGUUUUUUUUUUUCUUUUUUUUUCCUGCCUGUGUCUGUUUCAGGCCUGAAAACCAUGUUGAUUCAGUGGAUGCAGCCUGUGGAAUGCAAGAUCACAACUGAUAAUGCAUGUCAAAUAUGGUCUUCAUGUGGCAUAGAAAAUACAGCAUUUCACCUGGAACACAGGAUCGAACUGCAUUUAUAAUCUUGAGGAAUAUUUUAGCAGCGAUGCGACAGUGUGUUGGGUUAAAAGGUGUUUCACUGCAACGAUAAUUUUAAGUUUUCAGCAUGCAGCUUGCUGUGCUGAAAGCAAACAUGAAUCUCUGUUUUAAGUCCAGAAUUUAAAGAUUUGGGUUGGUUUGUUUUUUUGGGGACGGGGGAGGGAAUCUGUUUAAUCAGUUCAUUCUGUAGGAUACCAUAUCGAGGUCAAGAAAACCCAAUGACAGGUAACACUUGAAACUCCACAAUUGAUGUAGCUUUGUCUACAUACAUUCUCUGCUAUGCCUUACUUGGUCAUUUUUAGUCCCUAAAGUAAUUCGUACAAAGGUCUGUUUCAGUUGACCAUGUUUUGCUGAUGAUGAUUCUAAAUGGAAAACAUGGUAUUGCAUCUAGCUAAUCAGGGUAUUUCUAAGAGUCAUGCUUCAAAAAAGAAGUAAAAAGCCAAGCCUGACAUAUCGUACAAAUCAACAUCCAUGUUUCUGAGGUUGUAAGGAACCUUUUUUUUUUUUCUUUUCAUAGAGACUGGUCAAUAAAAAGUCAAUUUCAGCAGAGUGAAAAGGAGACAAGGUUUGGCGGGGAGUAGGGAAUUCCUUCUUUGUAAAUGUGUAAUUUCAUUCUUUAGUCUCUGUCUCCUCAUGCCUUAUCUCCAGGUUCCAGUCUGAGAAGGUUGGAGGGAAAAGCUACUGGUGUCUUGUAUAAUCGCCUCAAAUGUCUUGCUGUUUGUCCCAGCCACAUUGUAAAUAGAUAUGAAUCAUAUAUAUAAAAAUAUAUAUAAUUUUUUACAUCA